UCCGUUUCCGGCGUCUGGCUCAGUUCCGCCAUGGCCUCCUUGGAAGUCAGACGUAGUCUUCCCGGGUCUCGGCGGGAGCUGGAAGUGCGCAGUCCGCGACGGGACAAAUAUUCGGUGCUUUUGCCCACCUACAACGAGCGUGAGAACCUGCCACUCAUCGUGUGGUUGCUGGUGAAAAGCUUCUCCGAGAGUGGAAUCAACUAUGAAAUUAUAAUCAUAGAUGAUGGAAGCCCGGAUGGAACAAGGAAUGUUGCUGAACAGUUGCAGAAGAUCUAUGGGUCAGACAGAAUUCUUCUAAAACCACGGGAGAAAAAGUUGGGACUAGGAACUGCAUAUAUUCAUGGAAUGAAACAUGCCACAGGAAACUACAUAAUUAUUAUGGAUGCUGAUCUCUCACACCAUCCAAAAUUUAUUCCUGAAUUUAUUAGGAAGCAAAAGGAGGGCAAUUUUGAUAUUGUCUCUGGAACUCGCUACAAAGGAAAUGGAGGUGUAUAUGGCUGGGAUUUGAAAAGAAAAAUAAUCAGCCGUGGGGCCAAUUUUUUAACUCAGAUAUUGCUGAGACCAGGAGCAUCUGAUUUAACAGGAAGUUUCAGAUUAUACCGAAAAGAAGUUCUAGAGAAAUUAAUAGAAAAAUGUGUUUCUAAGGGCUACGUCUUCCAGAUGGAGAUGAUUGUUCGGGCAAGACAGUUGAAUUAUACUAUUGGCGAGGUUCCAAUAUCAUUCGUCGAUCGUGUUUAUGGUGAAUCCAAAUUGGGAGGAAAUGAAAUAGUAUCUUUCUUGAAAGGAUUAUUGACUCUUUUUGCUACUACAUAAAAGAAAGAUACUCAUUUAUACUGUUCAUUUCAGUUUAUACAUGAAAGAAGCCUGGUUACUGAUUUUUAUAAAAUGUACUCUUAAAGUAUAAAACAUAAGGUAAGGUAAAUUUCAUGCAUCUUUUUAUGAAGACCACCUAUUUUAUAUUUCAAAUUAAAUGAUUUUAAAGUUGCUGGCCUAAUGAGCAAUGUUCUUAAUUUUCGUUUACAUUUUGCUGUAUUGAGACCUAUAAAUAAAUGUAUAUGGUUUUUUUUG